GAGAACCGAGGGAUGCGCGUGGAUGUGUGUUUGUUGAGGGAGGGGGGCAGCUCCUCCCAUAAUUAAGUUAGUGUGCUGCGCUGGAGGUCCAUGUUUACGGGGCAGACGAAGGAGUUUCCUUCACUCUGUGGAGACUGCAGGAGAAGCUCUCUCACUCUCUUCUGUCUCUGGUUAUUUCUGCAACUCAUCCCUCACUGCGCUGCGACUGGCUGACCUACACGAGGACAAGACGGGGGGUGAAGAAGCAGCAGCAACACCUGCCUAACCCUUCACUGCUGCCGCCAUCCCUCCGUCCGUCCCCGCUUCCUGCCCAGUCUUGGACCUCGUCUCCGCCGAUCUCUCCGCCACCCCCGCUGCCAUCAUGUGCGACUGUUUCCACCUGGCCUUUCCCAACUGGCACGCUGCCUCCUCUGGGACGAGACCUGGGCGACGGCUGCAAGGCCCAGAGCCUGCCACAGAGGACUCAAUGUGUGAUGAGCCAUCUCAGUUCGCAGAGAAUGAGAGACCACGCCCACAAGGGUCAUCUCCAGUUGAGGAGUAUCCUGAGACUGAAAAAUACAGCGACAGUGAUAAAGAGUGUGAAGCAGAGCAUGACCCACGCCACAAAGGUGGGACUGGAAAGAAAACUAAAAAGUCUGGGCUUGGGUCCAUGUUCGAAAAGCGCUCUACUCCAAAGAUGAGUAAACUCAAGGAAGCUGAGAGCCCUGAAUCUGAGGUGAUAGUGAAAACAGCCAAAGAUGGAUGUGCAGAGGGUCUCAUUUAUGGUGGAGGGGGAAAAGAAGGGAUUUUCAUUAAGGAAGUAGUGCCAGAGUCACCAGCCUCCAAAAAUCUAAAGCUGAAAGAAGGUGAUCAGAUUUUGAGUGCCACUGUGUAUUUUGACAACAUGUCAUAUGAGGAUGCCAUUCAGAUUCUGGAGCAUGCUCAGGCAUAUAAACUGAAGCUUUGCUUGAAGCGCAAGCCAGAGAUCACAGAGACCGAACCAGCCAUCGAAUCUGACGUUAUACCUGAAGAAGACCUCCACACUCCACAGAUGAGAGAACAAGGAAAAACUAAAAGACGCGGAGAAGCUCGCAUUUCGUGGCCCAAGUUUUCAUCCUUUGGAAAAGGGCGAAAAUCACGUUUUACAAGGUCUCACAGUUCCUCAGAGGCUGAGGAACAAAGAAAGCUUGAACUCAGCCCAACAACAAGCGACACAGAGUCACCAAUAAAAACUCAGGAUGCUCUCAAAUACAAGAAAAAGCAUAAAAUAAAACUACCUGGUCUGACAAAGAGAGGCCGGAUAAGUUCAUCUGAGGAGCAGGACACAGAUGUGCAAACUGGACAGAUCAGUGGUGACACUCACCACACACAAGAAUCUGAUAUGCUUUCACCUGAGUGCCUUGAAAGCCCCUCAGGAGAAAUGCCUGAAGCCUAUGUGAAAAAAGAUCUGAAAGUAAUGAAAGAUGUGCAACUUGAAGAAACCAAUCUAAUGGUUCGUGAAGCUCAAGCUAUUCAACAUAAGGUGGAACUUAUCAGUAUAGAUAGCACUUUGAAAACAGCAGAUUUAACUGUGGCUCUAGCAGAUCAAGAAAGCCCCUCUCAUAUCAAGUCCCCUGAGGGGAAAAAAAAGAAGAAAGAAAGGUCUGAAUUAAAAAUGAAAAUUCUGGGGAAGGAUAAAUCACACAAGAAAGAAGCAAAAGCAAAAUCAUCACCAAAAAGGCUAAAAACACUAGGGGCAAGUUUUGACUUAGCUGAUCAUCCUGAAAAUGAAAAAUCUGACUUAAUCCCAAACUUUGAGUCACACACAGAAGAUCCUGCUCUUUAUGCUAAGGUGGAACAUGAUUUAUCUGAUGUUGCAGUUUCACAAAAAUAUCCACAGAAAAGUGAAGCAAAAAGGCAGAAAGGCAACGAAAUCCAAGAAAAACACGAAGACAGAAGAACAGGGGAAACUGUCAAACUGACGAAACUCAGUUUGGGUGACGUUGGUGCUGAGGAAAUCACAGAUGAUCCUUAUAAGAGACUGGCAAAAAGCAGUGAUUUCAGAACCCAACUUCCCAAACGGGAAGAGAUUGAGAUACCAGGUAUGGAGGAUAAGUCUGUGAAGACGAGAGCAAAAAGAAUUAAAGAACCUAAGGUAAAUUAUACAAGACAGAAUGGAGAAUUUCAAGCGGAAACUGUGCAACUGUCAAUUGAUGUUGACAGUGUGAAAGAGGCAGUUUCUAAAUUGCCUGGAUAUAAGCUGCCUAAAGUUGAUACAUCUGGCAUGCCUAUUCCAGAAGAAAUUACUGUGAUAGAUGCAAAUGCUCAAAGAAUAUCAGUGAAAACGCCUACAAAAGUGGUAGACACCAAAACAAAGCAUGGAGCAAGUCUUACAAAGUUUGACACAACUUCUUCUCUAGAAAUUUCCAAGACUACAGUUAAGCUGUCACAGAUCACAACCGGGCAAUUAACCUCAGAGGAUCUUUUAACUGAAACAACAGUAAAAACUGAUAAGGAACAUGAAACUAAGAAAAAACAAAGCAGCAAAGAGAUUAAAACUGGGACCUAUAAAAGAGAAGAUAUUAUAAUACCGGGAAAGGAAAGUUUAGAGAAAGUAUCUAGUCUUCAGGCACAUGUGGCUGAUGAAACACGAGGAACAGAGGGUAUCAACUCUGAAUAUGAAUCAGAUAAGAAAUCAAAGAAGGCAAAGAUGACAGUGCCUAGCUUUGGGAUAGCAAAGCCAGACAUAAGAAUCCCUAAUAUUGGAAUUGUCUUGCCAAAACAAAAUAUCUUUCAGCAAAAAGGGGACACAACAAAAGGAGAAAAAGCUGAAUUCCUCCGAGAAGUAACGACAUCAAAAAAUGAAAUUAAAAAAGAAAAGGGGCAGAGUGAAGGAGUUGUAUGUGAGGUUGUGAUUCCUGAACUCGAUAGCAUUGAAUACAUUGACUCAGUAGAUGGUUCACCAGCCAAAAAGGACAAUGGCAUUAGGCUUACAGGUUUUGAUGUAAAUCUUGAGUCAAAAACAAACGUGGAUAUUUCCCUGGCAAAAAGUGCAGAAACUGAAGAGCAUGCAGUUAAAUUGCCUCAAUUUGGAGCUAUUACUACAUACAUCAGUGUAAAUGUGCCCGAUGGAGAUAAGCCUAUAAACACUGAUGAAGCUGAGACAAAAACUCUUGAAAGAGAGGGAAAGGGUAGCAAGUUUAAAGUGCCAAAUGUUGGUAUCUCCAUGCCAAGGGCGAAAGGAAUAAAAACGGAUUCAAGUCUAUCAAAGAAAGGUGUAGCUGUGACACCACCGCCUGAGACCGACGUUACACUUGGAAGUGUAGAUGUUUGUAUUGCAGAACGAAUAAUGGAGGCAGAAAAAUAUGACCAGGAAAUAAAACAUCCUCGGGCAGAAGGUGAUUUUGAUAGGCAAGGAGGCAAGUUCAAGAUGCCAAAGUUAGGAAUUGCAAUGCCGAAAAUAAAAGGGUCUGAAUUUGACUUCAGUGCAUCAGAGAAAAAUGAAGAUAUGAAACUGUCAGAAACAAAACGGAAGGUGAAACCCUCUGAUGCCGAAAUUAAAGCUCCUGAAAUGAAAGUUGUAGAAAAGUAUGUAGACGAAUCACCAUCAAAAUUUAAGAUGCCAACGUUCAAGCUACCUAAAUUUGGAUCUCCUGUGGCCAACACCAGUCAUGAAGUACAUGAUAAAUUAAAAGACAUUGAAAUUUGUGAAACACAGCUGAAAUCAACUGAAGGUGUCAAUGUUAACAUUCCAACACCAAAUACUGAUAUUGUGGGAUCAUCUAUUGAUGUGAAAACAGUUGAUGUCAAACCACAGACUGGAAUUAAAACUAAAAUCGAUGUAAGUCUUGGGAGUGCAGAAGCUUUCUUUCCCCAGGAAAAGACUGGAGAUGAAACCGAAGUACAUGAAAGCAAGUUCAAAUUGCCAAAAUUUGGAAUAACAAUGCCAAAAGUAAAAGGACCAGAAGUUGAUUUUAACUUAUUGAAGAGAGAUGUAGAUGAAACACUUGAAGAAGCCAAAACUGAUGCUGAACGUAAAAAACCCUCUGCUCAAAUGGAAACCGAAGAUCCUGAUAUUGAAGAUCUGACAAAGGACAAUGAGAACUCACUUUCAAAAUUUAAGAUGCCCACAUUCAAACUACCAAAAUUUGGAGUUGGUAUCCCAAGUGCCACAACAGAAAUACCUGAUUUGGACACAGGUAUCAAAAUAGAAGAUGCUGAUAUUAGUAUCCCUGAACAGGUUCUUGAAGUGAACAUAGCAGCACCCAGCAUUGAAUUAAAAGAACAUGAAGGCAAAGGAAGUAAGUUCAAAUUGCCAAGUCUUGGAUUUUCUGUCCCUCAAACAAAAGGACAGGACUUUGAUUUAAAUUCUUCAAAGAAAAGCAUAGAUAUUACUCUUCCAGAAGCUGAAGUCAAACUCCCUGAUGUUGAAGUUGAAAAAAAUUCUGUUGAAAUGAAAAUUGAGACUAAGGAAAAAAAAGAAUCACUAUCAAAGGUUAAGAUGCCAACAUUCCACUUACCAAAACUUGGCAUUGGUAUCACAAGUGCAACAGCAAAAGUACCGGAUAUGGACAAAUGUAUCAAAAUAGAUGGUGGUGAUAUGAGUAUCCCCGAAGAGGUUCUUGAAGUUAACAUAGCAGCACCCAGCACUGAAUUGAAAGAGCCUUCAAUCUCCUUGAAAACCAGUGGAUCUGAACAUGAAGGAAAAGGAAGUAAGUUCAAAUUGCCAAGUCUUGGAUUGUCUGUCCAUCAAGACAAAGCGCCUGACAUUGAUUUAAGCUCAUCAAAGCAAGACGUACAUAUUACACUUCCAGAAGCUACAGCUGAAGUCAAGCUCCAUGAUGUUGAAGUAGAGAAACCUUCUGUUGAAACUGAAAUUGAAGCUCCUGAGUUCAAAGUUGAGACAAAAGACAAGAAAGGAUCACCAUCAAAGUGUAAGAUGCCUCCAUUCCAAUUACCCAAAUUUGGCAUUGGUAUCACAAGUGCAACAGCAGAGGUACCGGAUAUGGAGAAAGGUAUCAAAAUAGAAGGUGCUGAUAUUGAGAUUCCUGAAGAGGUUCUUGAAGUUAACAUUGCAGCACUCAGCACUGAAUUGAAAGAACUUCCAAUUUCCUUGGAAACCAGUGAAUCUGAAUAUGAUGGAAAAGGAAGUAAGUUCAAGCUGCCAAGUCUUGGAUUGUCUGUCCCAAAAAGAAAAGGGCCUGACACUGAUUUAGGCUUAUCAAAGAAAGAUGUAGAUGUUACACUUCCAGAAGCUAAAGCUAAAGUCACACUCGCUGAUAUGGAAGUGGAAACUGAAGCUCCUGAGUUCAAAGUUGAGACAAAAGACAAAAAAGGAUCAACAUCAAAGUUUAAGAUGCCAACAUUCAAAUUACCCAAAUUUGGUGCCCGUGACACAAGUGCAACAGCAGAGGUACCGGAUAUGGACAAAGGCAUAAAAAUAGAUGGUGGUGAUAUUAGUAUCCCUGAAGAGGUUCUUGAAGUUAACAUAGCAGCACCCAGCACUGAAUUCAAAGAACCUUCACUCACCCUGAAAACUACAGGAGCUGAACAUGAAGGCAAAGGAAGUAAGUUCAAACUGCCAAGUCUUGGAUUGUCUGUCCCUCAAGCCAAAGGACCAGAUAAAUUUGGCAUUGGUAUCACAAGUGCAACAGCAAGAGUACCUGGAUUAUGGAGAAAGUAUCAAAUAGAGGUGGCUGAUAUUAGUAUCCCUGAAGAGGUUCUUGAAGUUAACAUAGCAGCACCCAGCACUGAAUUCAAAGAACCUUCACUCACCCUGAAAACUACAGGAGCUGAACAUGAAGGAAAAGGAAGUAAGUUCAAACUGCCAAGUCUUGGAUUGUCUGUCCCUCAAGCCAAAGGACCAGAUAUCAAUUUAAGUUUAUCAAAGAAAGAUGUUGAUGUUACACUUCCAGAAGCCAAAGCUGAAGUCAAACUCCCUGAUGUUGAAGUUGAAAAACCUUCUGUUGAAGUGGAAAUUGAAGCUCCUGAGAUAAAGAUUGAAACAAAGGGAAAGAAAGGAUCACCAUCAAAGUUUAAGAUGCCAACAUUCCAAUUGCCAAAAUUUGGAGUGGGUGUCACAAGUGCAACAGCAGAGGUACCGGAUAUGGACAAAGGCAUAAAAAUAGAUGGUGCUGAUAUUGAGUAUCCUGAAGAGGUUCUUGAAGUUAACAUAGCAGCACCCAGCACUGAAUUCAAAGAACCUUCACUCACCCUGAAAACUACAGGAGCUGAACAUGAAGGAAAAGGAAGUAAGUUCAAACUGCCAAGUCUUGGAUUGUCUGUCCCUCAAACAAAAGGGCCUGACAUUGAUUUAAGCUUAUCGAAGAAAGAUGUAGAUGUUACACUUCCAGAAGCCAAAGCUGAAGUCAAACUCCCUGAUGUUGAAGUAGAGAAACCUUCUGUUGAAGUGGAAAUUGAAGCUCCUGAGUUCAAAGUUGAGACAAAAGACAAAAAAGGAUCACCAUCAAAAUUUAAGAUGCCUACAUUCAAAUUACCCAGAUUUGGCAUUGGUAUCCCAAGUGCCACAGCAAAAGUACCUGAUUUGGACACAGAUGUUAAAGUAGAAGGAGCUGAUAUUAGUAUACCUAAAGAGGUUCUUGAAGUUAACAUAGCAGCACCCAGCACUGAAUUCAAAGAACCUUCACUCACCCUGAAAACUACAGGAGCUGAACAUGAAGGAAAAGGAAGUAAGUUCAAACUGCCAAGUCUUGGAUUGUCUGUCCCUCAAGCCAAAGGACCAGAUAUCAAUUUAAGUUUAUCAAAGAAAGAUGUUGAUGUUACACUUCCAGAAGCCAAAGCUGAAGUCAAACUCCCUGAUGUUGAAGUUGAAAAACCUUCUGUUGAAGUGGAAAUUGAAGCUCCUGAGAUAAAGAUUGAAACAAAGGGAAAGAAAGGAUCACCAUCAAAGUUUAAGAUGCCAACAUUCCAAUUGCCAAAAUUUGGAGUGGGUGUCACAAGUUCAACAGCAGAGGUACCGGAUAUGGACAAAGGCAUAAAAAUAGAUGGUGCUGAUAUUGAGAUUCCUGAAGAGGUUCUUGAAGUUAACAUUGCAGUACCCAGCACUGAAUUAAAAGAACCUUCAAUCUCCUUGAAAACCAGUGGAUCUGAACAUGAAGGAAAAGGAAGUAAGUUCAAACUGCCAAGUCUUGGAUUGUCUGUCCCAAAAACCAAAGGGCCUGACAUUGAUUUAAGCUUAUCGAAGAAAGACGUAGAUGUUACACUUCCAGAAGCCAAAGCUGAAGUCAAACUCCCUGAUGUUGAAGUAGAGAAACCUUCUGUUGAAGUGGAAAUUGAAGCUCCUGAGUUCAAAGUUGAGACAAAAGACAAAAAAGGAUCACCAUCAAAAUUUAAGAUGCCUACAUUCAAAUUACCCAGAUUUGGCAUUGGUAUCCCAAGUGCCACAGCAAAAGUACCUGAUUUGGACACAGAUGUUAAAGUAGAUGGUGGUGAUAUUAGUAUCCCUGAAGAGGUUCUUGAAGUUAACAUAGCAGCACCCAGCACUGAAUUCAAAGAACCUUCACUCACCCUGAAAACUACAGGAGCUGAACAUGAAGGAAAAGGAAGUAAGUUCAAACUGCCAAGUCUUGGAUUGUCUGUCCCUCAAGCCAAAGGACCAGAUAUCAAUUUAAGUUUAUCAAAGAAAGAUGUUGAUGUUACACUUCCAGAAGCCAAAGCUGAAGUCAAACUCCCUGAUGUUGAAGUUGAAAAACCUUCUGUUGAAGUGGAAAUUGAAGCUCCUGAGAUAAAGAUUGAAACAAAGGGAAAGAAAGGAUCACCAUCAAAGUUUAAGAUGCCAACAUUCCAAUUGCCAAAAUUUGGAGUGGGUGUCACAAGUUCAACAGCAGAGGUACCGGAUAUGGACAAAGGCAUAAAAAUAGAUGGUGCUGAUAUUGAGAUUCCUGAAGAGGUUCUUGAAGUUAACAUUGCAGUACCCAGCACUGAAUUAAAAGAACCUUCAAUCUCCUUGAAAACCAGUGGAUCUGAACAUGAAGGAAAAGGAAGUAAGUUCAAACUGCCAAGUCUUGGAUUGUCUGUCCCUCAAGCCAAAGGACCAGAUAUCAAUUUAAGUUUAUCAAAGAAAGAUGUUGAUGUUACACUUCCAGAAGCCAAAGCUGAAGUCAAACUCCCUGAUGUUGAAGUUGAAAAACCUUCUGUUGAAGUGGAAAUUGAAGCUCCUGAGAUAAAGAUUGAAACAAAGGGAAAGAAAGGAUCACCAUCAAAGUUUAAGAUGCCAACAUUCCAAUUGCCAAAAUUUGGAGUGGGUGUCACAAGUUCAACAGCAGAGGUACCGGAUAUGGACAAAGGCAUAAAAAUAGAUGGUGCUGAUAUUGAGAUUCCUGAAGAGGUUCUUGAAGUUAACAUUGCAGCACCCAGCACUGAAUUAAAAGAACCUUCAAUCUCCUUGAAAACCAGUGGAUCUGAACAUGAAGGAAAAGGAAGUAAGUUCAAACUGCCAAGUCUUGGAUUGUCUGUCCCAAAAACCAAAGGGCCUGACAUUGAUUUAAGCUUAUCGAAGAAAGAGGAUGUUACACUUCCAGAAGCCAAAGCUGAAGUCAAACUCCCUGAUGUUGAAGUAGAGAAACCUUCUGUUGAAGUGGAAAUUGAAGCUCCUGAGUUCAAAGUUGAGACAAAAGACAAAAAAGGAUCACCAUCAAAAUUUAAGAUGCCUACAUUCAAAUUACCCAGAUUUGGCAUUGGUAUCCCAAGUGCCACAGCAAAAGUACCUGAUUUGGACACAGAUGUUAAAGUAGAUGGUGGUGAUAUUAGUAUCCCUGAAGAGGUUCUUGAAGUUAACAUAGCAGCACCCAGCACUGAAUUCAAAGAACCUUCACUCACCCUGAAAACUACAGGAGCUGAACAUGAAGGCAAAGGAAGUAAGUUCAAACUGCCAAGUCUUGGAUUGUCUGUCCCUCAAGCCAAAGGACCAGAUAUCGAUUUAAGUUUAUCAAAGAAAGAUGUUGAUGUUACACUUCCAGAAGCCAAAGCUGAAGUCAAACUCCCUGAUGUUGAAGUUGAAAAACCUUGUGUUGAAGUGGAAAUUGAAGCUCCUGAGAUAAAGAUUGAAACAAAGGGAAAGAAAGGAUCACCAUCAAAGUUUAAGAUGCCAACAUUCCAAUUGCCAAAAUUUGGAGUGGGUGUCACAAGUUCAACAGCAGAGGUACCGGAUAUGGACAAAGGCAUAAAAAUAGAUGGUGCUGAUAUUGAGAUUCCUGAAGAGGUUCUUGAAGUUAACAUUGCAGCACCCAGCACUGAAUUAAAAGAACCUUCAAUCUCCUUGAAAACCAGUGGAUCUGAACAUGAAGGAAAAGGAAGUAAGUUCAAACUGCCAAGUCUUGGAUUGUCUGUCCCAAAAACCAAAGGGCCUGACAUUGAUUUAAGCUUAUCGAAGAAAGACGUAGAUGUUACACUUCCAGAAGCCAAAGCUGAAGUCAAACUCCCUGAUGUUGAAGUAGAGAAACCUUCUGUUGAAGUGGAAAUUGAAGCUCCUGAGUUCAAAGUUGAGACAAAAGACAAAAAAGGAUCACCAUCAAAAUUUAAGAUGCCUACAUUCAAAUUACCCAGAUUUGGCAUUGGUAUCCCAAGUGCCACAGCAAAAGUACCUGAUUUGGACACAGAUGUUAAAGUAGAUGGUGGUGAUAUUAGUAUCCCUGAAGAGGUUCUUGAAGUUAACAUAGCAGCACCCAGCACUGAAUUCAAAGAACCUUCACUCACCCUGAAAACUACAGGAGCUGAACAUGAAGGAAAAGGAAGUAAGUUCAAACUGCCAAGUCUUGGAUUGUCUGUCCCUCAAGCCAAAGGACCAGAUAUCAAUUUAAGUUUAUCAAAGAAAGAUGUUGAUGUUACACUUCCAGAAGCCAAAGCUGAAGUCAAACUCCCUGAUGUUGAAGUUGAAAAACCUUCUGUUGAAGUGGAAAUUGAAGCUCCUGAGAUAAAGAUUGAAACAAAGGGAAAGAAAGGAUCACCAUCAAAGUUUAAGAUGCCAACAUUCCAAUUGCCAAAAUUUGGAGUGGGUGUCACAAGUGCAACAGCAGAGGUACCGGAUAUGGACAAAGGCAUAAAAAUAGAUGGUGCUGAUAUUGAGAUUCCUGAAGAGGUUCUUGAAGUUAACAUUGCAGUACCCAGCACUGAAUUAAAAGAACCUUCAAUCUCCUUGAAAACCAGUGGAUCUGAACAUGAAGGAAAAGGAAGUAAGUUCAAACUGCCAAGUCUUGGAUUGUCUGUCCCAAAAACCAAAGGGCCUGACAUUGAUUUAAGCUUAUCGAAGAAAGAUGUAGAUGCUGCACUUCCAGAAGCUAAAGCUGAAGUCAAACUCCCUGAUGUUGAAGUAGAGAAACCUUCUGUUGAAAUUGAAGCUCCUGAGUUCAAAGUUGAGACAAAAGACAAAAAAGGAUCACCAUCAAAAUUUAAGAUGCCUACAUUCAAAUUACCCAAAUUUGGCAUUGGUAUCCCAAGUGCCACAGCAAAAGUACCUGAUUUGGACACAGAUGUUAAAGUAGAUGGUGGUGAUAUGAGUAUCCCUGAAGAGGUUCUUGAAGUUAACAUAGCAGCACCCAGCACUGAAUUCAAAGAACCUUCACUCACCCUGAAAACUGCAGGAGCUGAACAUGAAGGCAAAGGAAGUAAGUUCAAACUGCCAAGUCUUGGAUUGUCUGUCCCUCAAGCCAAAGGACCAGAUAUCGAUUUAAGUUUAUCAAAGAAAGAUGUUGAUGUUACACUUCCAGAAGCCAAAGCUGAAGUCAAACUCCCUGAUGUUGAAGUUGAAAAACCUUGUGUUGAAGUGGAAAUUGAAGCUCCUGAGAUAAAGAUUGAAACAAAGGGAAAGAAAGGAUCACCAUCAAAGUUUAAGAUGCCAACAUUCCAAUUGCCAAAAUUUGGAGUGGGUGUCACAAGUUCAACAGCAGAGGUACCGGAUAUGGACAAAGGCAUAAAAAUAGAUGGUGCUGAUAUUGAGAUUCCUGAAGAGGUUCUUGAAGUUAACAUUGCAGCACCCAGCACUGAAUUAAAAGAACCUUCAAUCUCCUUGAAAACCAGUGGAUCUGAACAUGAAGGAAAAGGAAGUAAGUUCAAACUGCCAAGUCUUGGAUUGUCUGUCCCAAAAACCAAAGGGCCUGACAUUGAUUUAAGCUUAUAAGACGUAGAUGUUACACUUCCAGAAGCCAAAGCUGAAGUCAAACUCCCUGAUGUUGAAGUAGAGAAACCUUCUGUUGAAGUGGAAAUUGAAGCUCCUGAGUUCAAAGUUGAGACAAAAGACAAAAAAGGAUCACCAUCAAAAUUUAAGAUGCCUACAUUCAAAUUACCCAGAUUUGGCAUUGGUAUCCCAAGUGCCACAGCAAAAGUACCUGAUUUGGACACAGAUGUUAAAGUAGAUGGUGGUGAUAUGAGUAUCCCUGAAGAGGUUCUUGAAGUUAACAUAGCAGCACCCAGCACUGAAUUCAAAGAACCUUCACUCACCCUGAAAACUGCAGGAGCUGAACAUGAAGGCAAAGGAAGUAAGUUCAAACUGCCAAGUCUUGGAUUGUCUGUCCCUCAAACCAAAGUUGAUGUUACACUUCCAGAAGCCAAAGCUGAAGUCAAACUCCCUGAUGUUGAAAUUGAAAAACCUUCUGUUGAAGUGGAAAUUGAAGCUCCUGAGAUAAAGAUUGAAACAAAGGGAAAGAAAGGAUCACCAUCAAAGUUUAAGAUGCCAACAUUCCAACUGCCAAAAUUUGGAGUGGGUGUCACAAGUUCAACAGCAGAGGUACCGGAUAUGGGGAACGGUAUGAAAAUAGAUGGUGCUGAUAUUGAGAUUCCUGAAGAAGUUCUUGAAGUUAACAUUGCAGUACCCAGCACUGAAUUAAAAGAACCUUCAAUCUCCUUGAAAACCAGUGGAUAUGAACAUGAAGGUAAAGGAAGUAAGUUCAAACUGCCAAGUCUUGGAUUGUCUGUCCCUCAAACAAAAGGGCCUGACAUUGAUUUAAGCUUAUCGAAGACAGACGUAGAUGUUACACUUCCAGAAGCUAAAGCUGAAAUCAAACUCCCUGAUGUUGAAGUAGAGAAACCUUCUGUUGAAGUGGAAACUGAAGCUCCUGAGUUCAAAGUUGAGACAAAAGACAAAAAAGGAUCACCAUUAAAAUUUAAGAUGCCUACAUUCAAAUUACCCAGAUUUGGCAUUGGUAUCCCAAGUGCCACAGCAAAAGUACCUGAUUUGGACACAGAUGUUAAAGUAGAUGGUGGUGAUAUUAGUAUCCCUGAAGAGGUUCUUGAAGUUAACAUAGCAGCACCCAGCACUGAAUUCAAAGAACCUUCACUCACCCUGAAAACUACAGGAGCUGAACAUGAAGGAAAAGGAAGUAAGUUCAAACUGCCAAGUCUUGGAUUGUCUGUCCCUCAAGCCAAAGGACCAGAUAUCAAUUUAAGUUUAUCAAAGAAAGAUGUUGAUGUUACACUUCCAGAAGCCAAAGCUGAAGUCAAACUCCCUGAUGUUGAAGUUGAAAAACCUUCUGUUGAAGUGGAAAUUGAAGCUCCUGAGAUAAAGAUUGAAACAAAGGGAAAGAAAGGAUCACCAUCAAAGUUUAAGAUGCCAACAUUCCAAUUGCCAAAAUUUGGAGUGGGUGUCACAAGUUCAACAGCAGAGGUACCGGAUAUGGACAAAGGCAUAAAAAUAGAUGGUGCUGAUAUUGAGAUUCCUGAAGAGGUUCUUGAAGUUAACAUUGCAGUACCCAGCACUGAAUUAAAAGAACCUUCAAUCUCCUUGAAAACCAGUGGAUCUGAACAUGAAGGAAAAGGAAGUAAGUUCAAACUGCCAAGUCUUGGAUUGUCUGUCCCUCAAGCCAAAGGACCAGAUAUCAAUUUAAGUUUAUCAAAGAAAGAUGUUGAUGUUACACUUCCAGAAGCCAAAGCUGAAGUCAAACUCCCUGAUGUUGAAGUUGAAAAACCUUCUGUUGAAGUGGAAAUUGAAGCUCCUGAGAUAAAGAUUGAAACAAAGGGAAAGAAAGGAUCACCAUCAAAGUUUAAGAUGCCAACAUUCCAAUUGCCAAAAUUUGGAGUGGGUGUCACAAGUUCAACAGCAGAGGUACCGGAUAUGGACAAAGGCAUAAAAAUAGAUGGUGCUGAUAUUGAGAUUCCUGAAGAGGUUCUUGAAGUUAACAUUGCAGCACCCAGCACUGAAUUAAAAGAACCUUCAAUCUCCUUGAAAACCAGUGGAUCUGAACAUGAAGGAAAAGGAAGUAAGUUCAAACUGCCAAGUCUUGGAUUGUCUGUCCCAAAAACCAAAGGGCCUGACAUUGAUUUAAGCUUAUCGAAGAAAGAGGAUGUUACACUUCCAGAAGCCAAAGCUGAAGUCAAACUCCCUGAUGUUGAAGUAGAGAAACCUUCUGUUGAAGUGGAAAUUGAAGCUCCUGAGUUCAAAGUUGAGACAAAAGACAAAAAAGGAUCACCAUCAAAAUUUAAGAUGCCUACAUUCAAAUUACCCAGAUUUGGCAUUGGUAUCCCAAGUGCCACAGCAAAAGUACCUGAUUUGGACACAGAUGUUAAAGUAGAUGGUGGUGAUAUUAGUAUCCCUGAAGAGGUUCUUGAAGUUAACAUAGCAGCACCCAGCACUGAAUUCAAAGAACCUUCACUCACCCUGAAAACUACAGGAGCUGAACAUGAAGGCAAAGGAAGUAAGUUCAAACUGCCAAGUCUUGGAUUGUCUGUCCCUCAAGCCAAAGGACCAGAUAUCGAUUUAAGUUUAUCAAAGAAAGAUGUUGAUGUUACACUUCCAGAAGCCAAAGCUGAAGUCAAACUCCCUGAUGUUGAAGUUGAAAAACCUUGUGUUGAAGUGGAAAUUGAAGCUCCUGAGAUAAAGAUUGAAACAAAGGGAAAGAAAGGAUCACCAUCAAAGUUUAAGAUGCCAACAUUCCAAUUGCCAAAAUUUGGAGUGGGUGUCACAAGUUCAACAGCAGAGGUACCGGAUAUGGACAAAGGCAUAAAAAUAGAUGGUGCUGAUAUUGAGAUUCCUGAAGAGGUUCUUGAAGUUAACAUUGCAGCACCCAGCACUGAAUUAAAAGAACCUUCAAUCUCCUUGAAAACCAGUGGAUCUGAACAUGAAGGAAAAGGAAGUAAGUUCAAACUGCCAAGUCUUGGAUUGUCUGUCCCAAAAACCAAAGGGCCUGACAUUGAUUUAAGCUUAUCGAAGAAAGACGUAGAUGUUACACUUCCAGAAGCCAAAGCUGAAGUCAAACUCCCUGAUGUUGAAGUAGAGAAACCUUCUGUUGAAGUGGAAAUUGAAGCUCCUGAGUUCAAAGUUGAGACAAAAGACAAAAAAGGAUCACCAUCAAAAUUUAAGAUGCCUACAUUCAAAUUACCCAGAUUUGGCAUUGGUAUCCCAAGUGCCACAGCAAAAGUACCUGAUUUGGACACAGAUGUUAAAGUAGAUGGUGGUGAUAUUAGUAUCCCUGAAGAGGUUCUUGAAGUUAACAUAGCAGCACCCAGCACUGAAUUCAAAGAACCUUCACUCACCCUGAAAACUACAGGAGCUGAACAUGAAGGAAAAGGAAGUAAGUUCAAACUGCCAAGUCUUGGAUUGUCUGUCCCUCAAGCCAAAGGACCAGAUAUCAAUUUAAGUUUAUCAAAGAAAGAUGUUGAUGUUACACUUCCAGAAGCCAAAGCUGAAGUCAAACUCCCUGAUGUUGAAGUUGAAAAACCUUCUGUUGAAGUGGAAAUUGAAGCUCCUGAGAUAAAGAUUGAAACAAAGGGAAAGAAAGGAUCACCAUCAAAGUUUAAGAUGCCAACAUUCCAAUUGCCAAAAUUUGGAGUGGGUGUCACAAGUGCAACAGCAGAGGUACCGGAUAUGGACAAAGGCAUAAAAAUAGAUGGUGCUGAUAUUGAGAUUCCUGAAGAGGUUCUUGAAGUUAACAUUGCAGUACCCAGCACUGAAUUAAAAGAACCUUCAAUCUCCUUGAAAACCAGUGGAUCUGAACAUGAAGGAAAAGGAAGUAAGUUCAAACUGCCAAGUCUUGGAUUGUCUGUCCCAAAAACCAAAGGGCCUGACAUUGAUUUAAGCUUAUCGAAGAAAGAUGUAGAUGCUGCACUUCCAGAAGCUAAAGCUGAAGUCAAACUCCCUGAUGUUGAAGUAGAGAAACCUUCUGUUGAAAUUGAAGCUCCUGAGUUCAAAGUUGAGACAAAAGACAAAAAAGGAUCACCAUCAAAAUUUAAGAUGCCUACAUUCAAAUUACCCAAAUUUGGCAUUGGUAUCCCAAGUGCCACAGCAAAAGUACCUGAUUUGGACACAGAUGUUAAAGUAGAUGGUGGUGAUAUGAGUAUCCCUGAAGAGGUUCUUGAAGUUAACAUAGCAGCACCCAGCACUGAAUUCAAAGAACCUUCACUCACCCUGAAAACUGCAGGAGCUGAACAUGAAGGCAAAGGAAGUAAGUUCAAACUGCCAAGUCUUGGAUUGUCUGUCCCUCAAGCCAAAGGACCAGAUAUCGAUUUAAGUUUAUCAAAGAAAGAUGUUGAUGUUACACUUCCAGAAGCCAAAGCUGAAGUCAAACUCCCUGAUGUUGAAGUUGAAAAACCUUGUGUUGAAGUGGAAAUUGAAGCUCCUGAGAUAAAGAUUGAAACAAAGGGAAAGAAAGGAUCACCAUCAAAGUUUAAGAUGCCAACAUUCCAAUUGCCAAAAUUUGGAGUGGGUGUCACAAGUUCAACAGCAGAGGUACCGGAUAUGGACAAAGGCAUAAAAAUAGAUGGUGCUGAUAUUGAGAUUCCUGAAGAGGUUCUUGAAGUUAACAUUGCAGCACCCAGCACUGAAUUAAAAGAACCUUCAAUCUCCUUGAAAACCAGUGGAUCUGAACAUGAAGGAAAAGGAAGUAAGUUCAAACUGCCAAGUCUUGGAUUGUCUGUCCCAAAAACCAAAGGGCCUGACAUUGAUUUAAGCUUAUAAGACGUAGAUGUUACACUUCCAGAAGCCAAAGCUGAAGUCAAACUCCCUGAUGUUGAAGUAGAGAAACCUUCUGUUGAAGUGGAAAUUGAAGCUCCUGAGUUCAAAGUUGAGACAAAAGACAAAAAAGGAUCACCAUCAAAAUUUAAGAUGCCUACAUUCAAAUUACCCAGAUUUGGCAUUGGUAUCCCAAGUGCCACAGCAAAAGUACCUGAUUUGGACACAGAUGUUAAAGUAGAUGGUGGUGAUAUGAGUAUCCCUGAAGAGGUUCUUGAAGUUAACAUAGCAGCACCCAGCACUGAAUUCAAAGAACCUUCACUCACCCUGAAAACUGCAGGAGCUGAACAUGAAGGCAAAGGAAGUAAGUUCAAACUGCCAAGUCUUGGAUUGUCUGUCCCUCAAACCAAAGUUGAUGUUACACUUCCAGAAGCCAAAGCUGAAGUCAAACUCCCUGAUGUUGAAAUUGAAAAACCUUCUGUUGAAGUGGAAAUUGAAGCUCCUGAGAUAAAGAUUGAAACAAAGGGAAAGAUAGGAUCACCAUCAAAGUUUAAGAUGCCAACAUUCCAAUUGCCAAAAUUUGGAGUGGGUGUCACAAGUUCAACAGCAGAGGCACCGGAUAUGGACAAAGGUAUGAAAAUAGAUGGUGCUGAUAUUGAGGUUCCUGAAGAGGUUUUUGAAGUUGGCGUUGCAGCACCCAGCACUGAAUUAAAAGAACCUUCAAUCUCCUUGAAAACCAGUGGAUCUGAACAUGAAGUAAAAGGAAGUAAGUUCAAACUGCCAAGUCUUGGAUUGUCUUUCCCUCAAACAAAAGGGCCUGACAUUGAUUUAAGCUUAUCGAAGAAAGAUGUAGAUGUUACACUUCCAAAAGCCAAAGCUGACAAAGCUGGUAAGGCCCCUGAGGAAGAUAUCAGCAUUGAUGUUCCCGGAGUUGAUGUCAUACUACCAGAAGUCAAAACAGAUGUACAUCUUCCAGAUACCGACCUUAAAGAAUCCUCACAUAUUAUCAUAGAGGGGGGAACCAAUACAAACCUUGAGGCUAAAUUGAAAAAGCCAAGAUUUUCAUUGCCAAAAUUUUCAUUUUCCAAGCAAAGUGUAAAAGACCCUGAAGUCGAUAUCAGUCUCCCAAAAACUGAUGUUAUUUUUCUGCAAGGUGAUAUAGUCAAACAACCUGACAAUGAGUUCAGUAUGGAAGUAAGUGAUGUGAAUAAAGGAAUUAAAAUUGAUGCAGCACCCGGCAUUGACUCUGAAGGUUUAGCUGUAGAUGUGAAAGCUAAAGGAGAUGAGAUAUCUGGAAGCAAGUUUAAAAUGCCAAAUCUGGCCAUCUCAAUGACCAAAGUUAAAAGUCCUGAAACAGAUUUAAGUUUAUCAAAGAAAGAUGUUGAUAUUUCCUUACCAGAGGUAACAGCUGACAUCAAACUACUCCAUAUUGAAGGGAAAGAAACUGAGGGUUCUACUUCAUUUCCGGAAACACCUACAAUUGAGGCCGAAGUCAAGUCAAAACGACCAAGUUGGACAUUUCCAAAAUUUUCCUUUUCAAGGACAGCCGAUAAGGCCCCAGCUAUUGAUGUCAAAAUUGAAACACCCAAAGCUGAGAUUAUAUCAAGCAAAACAGAAGUCUGUCUAGCAGAAGCUGAAAUCAAAGGACCUUCAAUGGAAGAACCACCUGCUGAAGAAACUGAAACAAACUUGAAAAAACCUAAAUUUUCACUUCCGAGAUUUUCUUUUUCAAAGUCAAGUAUUAAAGAAUCGGAGUUAAGUGAUGAGCUUCCACAAGCUGAUGUUUCUGUUUCAGAGGGAGAAAUAAAAGUUAAACAACCUGAAAUGGAAAUUAAAGCUCCUGAGCAAGAAGCUGGGCAAGGAAGCCCAUUUAAGUUCCCAAAUUUAGGCAUUGUACAAACAAAACCAAAAGGACCUGAAGUGGAUUUAAAAUCAUCAAUAAACAAUGUUGACAGCAAACGGCCAGAAAUAAAAGCAGAGGUCAAAAUCUCAGAAGAAGUCAAACAAUCUUCAUCUAGUUUGGGAAUCAAGUCUUCUGAGACAAAAGCAAAAUCAAAAGAUGCUGAAGGAUCCCCUUUAAAAGAAAAAAUUUCACCACUGAAAAUGCCAAAAUUUAGCAGUGCUUCCUUUGACGUUACCAUGGAAGCACCCAAAACAGGAAAAGUAAUUGACAUUCAUGGAUCUAAACCUAAGGAGGAUAUUUCUGUCACCAACAAAGAUUCGAUUGUUAAUAUUAAAAUGGAUUAUUCCAAAGGUAUAAUAUCAGAAUCCGAAACACCCAAGACUGAGACUGAUGUUGUGGGUCUUCCAUCACCAAGUAAAUUCAAACUACCAUCUUUUAAAAUGCCCAGGCUUAGCUUCUCAAAGUCUAAACCUGAAGAGGAACAGCUUCCUGUUGAAAUAGAAGAUAAAGAAGCUCAACUGGAAAUGGAAGUUGAAACAAAAGGAGAAAGUAAAUCACCAAAAAUGAUUCUGACAUCAUUUGGUGAGAUCCUAAAGACUAUUGAUGUUGAAUUUGAUGUUCCAAAAGCAGACCAAGUUGAAGAAAAUCUUGUAGUCUCAAAAGAAGUUCAAGAAAUAGGCGAACAUGCUGGAAAGCAAUUAGAAGCAAAGGAAAAAGGAGCAAGUACCAUACAAGAUAUUUCCAAGAGUCCCGAGAGGACAGGUUGGUUUAAAUUUCCUAAGUUUGGCCUGUCUUCCCCUUCAGAAGCCCCCAGUGCUCCUGAGAAAUGUGAACAAAAGGAUGAAAAGAGCCCAGUAGGGGGAACGGGGGACGAGGAAAUUAGCCCCACCUUUUCUGUCCAAUCAUCGGAUGCCUUCGCUGAUAUAAGUUCUGCAGUCACAAGUGAGCAUGUUGGCCCAUCCAUAUCUUCCCCAACAAAGGUAACUGUCAAAUAUUCUGAUCCAAAUGUUGCUACUGAGCUUGAAGAGACACACAGUAACAUCUUUACUUCGGCCACGAGGACUGAACUGAUCUCAGUUCAGCCUAACUUACCGGAGAAAAUCACUAUUCUGUCCUCUGGAAUAUCAUCGUCAUCAGAAGACACGUGCAGAUUGGAAUCGGGAAAACUACACGUCAUUACAACAAAUAUACAAGCAACCCCAGAAGCACAGCAUGCCCAGUUACUAACUGAUAUUGAAGCUGAAUUAGCUGAAGGCCUUCCCUUAAAAUCAGAAGCUAAUGAAACUACAUCAUGGACUGUGGAAGGCUCAGACAGUGGCAACAGAGCGGUGUUUGAGAGGCACUUAGUGACGAAAACCUCAACUGAAAGAAGUGAAAGCAGAGAGACAAUUGUUAUAACCAAACAAAUUACUCAUGUAUUUGACUCUUCUGAGCCCAUCUCUGGUGAGACAGCGUCAUCUAUACAGCGACUGAGAGACUCUGUGCACUCUGAGAAAAUGAGGUUCUUUGACGAUGCUGAGAAGUGAGGCAACUGGAAAUAAUUCAUGUGUAAAGAUACUAUUUCUCUUUGCCUAGACCUGAAUGUCAGAGGAGACAAGUGAAUGAAAACAUGCUGGAAACUGGGAAAGGAAGUUAGCAUGUUUAACUUACCGAUCACAGAGAACAAUCUGUCAGUGUUCAGGCAUUACAACAUGAUGGUGAUGUGCUGUGCUAUGAUGCUGACCUACAAAAAAAAUAUGCAUUCCUGUAAUUCACGCUGACAGUCUGUUGAAGAUACUAACAAUGUGUAUAACUGUGUCCUUACUUCUAAUUGUAGCAAGGCCUUAGCAAAUAUCCUUGCUCAAGAUGCAGAAUGUUUGACUUUUGCUUACCAAAAUCUCUAAAACUCAUUUUGCAGUUUUUCACUAUUGACUAAUUUACUUGUGUGUGUACUUUACAAAAUGAUAAUCACCAGUGCCGUCAACUAAAAUUUCUGACUGUUUGAGACUGAUGCAAAAAUCAAUUUAUUUUACUGACAUUCCAAAUUGUGUUUACAGUAAUUUCACUAUAACGCUUACAGUAUAUACAAACUACAAUAGCAUAAUGCAGUUAAGAUAGAACAAAGAAUAUGUACGUAUUGCACCAAGAUACUGUUGUCGCUGUAGCUAAAAUGUAAAGAGACAAUAGCAAUGCAAAGCUGAAAUGAAAAGCGUAUGAUCAAACAGAGCAAAUGUACUGCUAAAACUAUAUUUUUUAUUAAUACUUUGCUACUUUGAACCUAAUUUGCCACACUAGAAAUCUGUCUGGACUCUGUUUUCUUUCCAUAUCUCUGUACAAAGUGGGGCUAUUGAACCGGCUAUAUAAAUAGCUUUUAAUGACCUUUGGAAUUUUAUUGGAUAACUGCUCGUGUUUGUAUUCUGAUAGGCUUUAACUUAACUUGUUUGCAAUGUUAUAGACAAUAAAUGCUAUUAUAUCCAAAA